AAAUAAGGUGCUUUUCAAUGCUGAAAUGUCUUGAAGAUCUUGUUCGAAAAGUAUCGACCAACAAUAGUUGAGAUCUUGGUGUGCACACGGCUCUUAUUUGUAGUUAUUUUGCAUACUUCCUGGGUGCUGGAGUAGGGCACGGUUGAUGGUUAUAAGGGUCAGUGAGCUCAGAGAAGCUUAAAAUACGUUCACUAAAAUGUGUUCAGAAGUCAUUUGAUAGCGUAAUUCAGUUGGGUAAAGUGUUCUGAACUGACUAGCCAAAGUUUUAUUUAUGUUUUAUUAUAAAAAGAAAUCGUAGGGGAACGCUGAAUUAAUUGAAUUAGAUGGUUUAUUAGUGUUAAAGCGUCACCUUCUGUUUUUUAGAAUGACAAUUUAGUCGAGAAAUGGUAUUAUAAGUCGAGAAAUGGUAAAUUCCGACUUUCACAACGCACCCGAACGCAGCAUGAGAGCUGGUCUGGUCAGCGUUGCGCAUGCGCGGCACGGUGACGCUUGGGUGUGCCUGAGCGGCUCCAGCAGAUGAACGGAACCCGCUGCUGGAGUCUGGGAGGCGGACGUGAACAGCCACAACGAGCCGGUGCGCUUCUCUGGAAACACGCUGCUGCGGCCAGAUGGAGUGACCGGCAGACGAGCGAGACUGUCUGGUUCGGAGCGACGGCGCCGCCGGUGACCUUUUCCCCGCACCGGAUGAGUGGCUCCUCGUAAUCUGAUGGAGGAUUAUUGAGUCUGAUGGAUGGACGUGAUCGAUCGAUUUGUGUGAACCCCACUGCAAUAACACGUGACUGAUGAAAGCGGUUGGUUCUAUUUGAACUCUGAAAUUCGGAUCACCAGCGUUACUGAUCGUGAUGAGGGGGUCCUCACCGGUGGCAGCCUGAACACCUGAGGGGGUCCCAGUUGAGACGGGAUGCUGCUGGCUCACGUGGGCUCGGUGGAGGAGCGGGAUGGAGAGCAGGACAAUGAAGGGGAGGACGAGCUGAGGGAUGGAGAGGUGCCCUUCUACGUCAACAGAGGAGGCCUCCCACUGGACGAGGAGACCUGGGAGAGGAUGUGGCGGCAUGUGGCCCGAAUACACCCCAACGGGAGCGUGUUGGAGAAGGAAGUCCGAGGAGCCACCGACCUCCCCAAGAUUCCGAUACCAAGUGUGCCUACGACAUUCCACCCCACCACCACCGUCCCACAGCGCCUGGAAGCCAUACAGAAAUACAUCAGGGAAUUGCAGUACAAUCACACUGGGACGCAGUUCUUUGAGAUCAAGAAGAGUCGGCCUCUCACUGCGUUGAUGGACAUCGCUAAGGAAAUGACUCGCGAGGCUCUACCUAUCAAGUGUCUGGAGGCUGUCAUUCUUGGAAUUUACCUCACCAACAACCUGCCCAGUGUGGAGCGCUUCCCCCUCAGCUUUAAGUCUAAAUUCUCAGGGAACUACUUUCACCACAUUGUGCUGGGAGUCCACAGCGGGGGGCGCUUCGGAGCCCUGGGCAUGAGCCGGCGGGAGGACCUCAUGUUCAAGCCGCUGGAGUUCCGCACGCUGAUGGACUUGGUGCAGGACUUCCACGUAGCGUACCGGGGCUACUGGCACACCCUCUGCAAGGUGAAGAUCGGCCAGUACGUGUCCCACGACCCUCACAGCAUGGAACAGAUCGAGUGGAAGCACUCGGUCCUCGACCUGGACAAGCUGAGCAAGGAGGAGCUGCGGCGGGAGCUGGAGAGACACACCAGAGACAUGAGGCUGAAGAUCGGAAAGCCUCUUUCUCCCACCAAAGACAGGAGGAACAGCAUGGGCUCGCCGCUCAGAGGGCCCAACAGUCCCCUGCGCAGGCUCAGUCGCGUGGAGCGACGAUCCUCGACGGAGAAGAAGAUCCUGGACCAAAACGCAUCAGCAGACAUCAAUGGAUAUCAGAUUCGUGUUUGAAGAACUGGGUCACUGAAGACAGUGUUAUGAUUCCAUCCAACUGCAGAAACACCAGUGCAGUUCAGUUCCUGCCACAUCUGUCUCCGUUCACGGAAAAUAAACCGAUGCUGACUCAAGUAAGCAAAGAUGCUGCGAUGUAUCAAGCUGUUGUCAGCUCUGUUCAGGUGUUAGCUGAUGGCUCAGCUAAUAGUGAAGACUAUCUUUGAGAAGGACUGUUGUUAGCAAACAUAGCAUUGAUCAUGGAAAAAAAAACACGCUCUCAAUACACAAAGAUGCUAAUUUGUCCUUUAGCUUUGCAUUUUUUUGUGUGAUGUGCUCAUCAUGAUACAACUCAGAAAACAAUACAUAUCCUCAAAGAUGUAAUGUAGUUUUUAGCAAUUGGCUAACACGCGAUUACCGCAAUUUCCGGACAAUAAACUGUAGGUACAAAAUAUUUUUCUUCUCAGAUUUAGUGGCUUAUAUUCCAGUGCGCUCUCUAGUCCGGAAAUUACGCUGCUUUCUUUAUCUAUACGUGUAAAUCAAUUGAUUCGGCCUGGGUUAGGGUGAAUUCGGCGGAGGCAUUAGCUAGCUGUGCUAAGCUACACUCAAAACUAGGACUUAAGAGGCCAAACGCCUCGCUCUUUUAGAACAUUGCAAAAUCAUAGAAGAUAUGAAGCAACUUGCAAUGAUGAAGGGAAAGAUGCUAGUGUAGCUAGUUGCGCGUUGUUUCUAAAAUCCGCUAACAAAGACUAAUGUUAGUCAGUAGCUAACACUAGAUUUCCAUGUUUGCUAAAAUACGCUCAUUUUAAAGCAAGUAGCUUGUAGUUUUUAAAAUCUGUGCUUACACUAAAAAAAAAACAUAAAACUAGAUCUUAUUUAGCGUUUAAUGUUGUAGAAAGAUUAACACCUGUAAUCCACUGUCAGUGUUCAAUUUAAUUCGUUCAAGAAGUUGCAAUUUAAGGAGAUUUUUUUUACAGAUAAAAAGAGAGAUGGACCACUUUUUUGAAAAAGAAUAUUUUUUAUAGAUUUUAUAACAAUUGACAAAUGCAAGGAAAGCGUUUUUGUUGAAAUAGUUUCUUAAUUCUGACUGCAUUUUAAUACUUUUUUACAUCAUCUUAGUGCCCCUACUGCAACUCCACGCGGCUUUAAGUGCAGAACUAUCUGAAAAAAAAAACUGUUGUCAGAAAACACUUGUGGACCUUAGAUAGCUCCUAGUUUUUCCCUCAAACCUGGGCGAGAUUGUCUUCAGCUGUAAAUGUGCGACCCAACAUAUCAUGUUUCCGUCAACAAAAGCUCUUAAAGUAGUAUUCUUAGACUGGACCUGUUGAGUUUUAAAAGUACCCUUGUGCCUUGUUUGAAAUGAAAUAUUUUGAAAAAUUCUUUUCACAAAAUACAACACAAGUUUUUACGUUGCAGUCUCAGCCCAAAGCUAGAACGUUUUCAAUGCCCUGGAAAUAGAACAGUCUGUUUUACUUAGCAUUUCCUGUCGUCCAGUGGUUAUGUGUUGGCCCAAUAUCACAGCUUAAAGAUGCACCUCUAUUAGCAUGAAACUGAUACUGUUCAGGAUGGUAGAAAGUGCCAAGUCCCACAGUUGGUAGCUAGAACAACAAGUUCAAGAGUGUCUCCCCCUCACUCUUGAGGCUGGAUCUCAACCCUCCUCCAUGACCCCUUGACCCUAACCAUCCUCUCGCUCAGCGUGCCGUCCUUUAUUCCUGGUAUUGGGGAAGUGUAGUUACUCCACCCGUCCACACACCGAACUGAGAUAAGGCAGCUUCGCACUUUUGUCCAUAAACCCAGUGGUAUAUUCCCACAGUCCUGUUUAGUAUUGUAGUGCCACGAGCCGUGACACUUGAUGCAUGUGUAACACUCAUUAAGUACUUAUCCCAGUGACCUGCUGUCAAAGCUAUUAGUGGUCAAGGACAGACUCAAUUGACUCGACCAGCGCUUGAACUCGAUGGCACCAGCUCAACAUUCCUUCAGCUCCCAUCAGCAGUUCAGACGGCACAGUCGUCUUCCUUUGACUGUCAUUCACCAUACUUGAAUUUCUGCGAACCUGUGCGCACUUCCAUGCGACCUGGUGCUAAAAUAUCGCCGCGACUGUACAUACGUUUCCACACCAAUCACGCGGAUGUAACCCCACAGAAGUCAUGGCCGCUUGAUCCACGUUGUUUUCGUAGCGACUUGGUUGAGCGUCCACUCGCCUUACGUGAUAUGCAAACUUCCACUCAAGCUGCGACGUAAAGCGUUUUGUUUACGGCACCUUAAGAAAAAAAAACUCUGUUUGCUGUUUGACGUCGGGCGCUUUUGUUAUCACCAGUUUGUGUACAGGAAGUAGAUGUUGUGUUUUAGUGUUGAACACAA